AUGCUUCAGGUACUUUUGGAGUAUCUUCCCGGCAUGAAGCGUGAGUUGUCAUUUGAAAUAAUAAAAACCAAGGUUAUCGUCUUUGCAGACUUAUGGCACCUUCACUAUCUCGACCAGCUGAGCGUGGAGAAUGCCUUCUGCACUUCAAGUAUUUCAUCCGUGAUACAAGUCUGGUUGAUCUGUCUGCAAUGGAAGUGUCGUGAGCUCUCUCUCAAAUUCCUGUCAUAUUUCAUUCAUUUAAUGUUUAUCUCGGCUGGUGUACAUUUUCUGGCUGUGUUUGAAGCUGUCUUCUGCUACUUCUUCAUCGUUGAGACGAGGAAUCGCACUCUCGAAGCAACUGCUGCAUAUGUCACAGUGACAACAGUGACGAUGACUGCGAGAUUUGAUCCUCACAGCUUCUUCCUCAGCAUUUUUGACAGUGACGAAGGCAUGGCCCAGACACAUGAGAAUGGUGUCGCACACACAGGUCUUGCGCCGAAGUUGGAGUCUGAUGUUACUACGACACAUUAA